CCGCCGCUGCCGCCGCGACUUGAGGGGCGCGCGCCGAGCUCCGUCCGCGGCCGCCCCGCGACAGCGCAGCGCCCGCUCCGCUCCGCGCUCCGCUCCCGGCCCCGCCGGCCCCGCCGCCGGCACCGCCCCUCCGUGCGCCUCUCCGCAGGACAUUAAGAGUUCGAAGAAAGCUUUCAAAGGGGAGUUUUCUGGGAAGGAAAUCAUAUUUUUGUGGGGGUUUUUUAUAAUGAAGAAAACCAUCUGAAUUGCCUGAUGUUUCUGUGGUAAGGUAACUUGCAUUCUUGCAGCACAGGAGGAAUUCUUGCCUGCAUUACAAAUUUGGAAGAAACGUUAAAAAGCGAGAGUUGGAAAAUGGUUCUCUGAAAGAGGUGUGGAUGUAUCAGGAUGUAGCUACUGUACAAAGGUCAUACUUGGAUAAUUCUGGAUAGGAAAAAGCAUCCCUUUCCUGACCUCCUGAAGAGGCUGCAAUCCUUCGAGCCUCAGCAUAAUGAAUGGUUUCUAUCACGCGGCACUAAAGUUCCCUCCUCUGCCUACUACGCUGCACAGAAGAGUUUGUAAGAGUUACAAAGAAAGUAAUUCCUGCUAAAGGCAUUAAACCAAACAAAAGAGGCUCUUCAUUCACAGACUUUACAUGAGGACAAAAAUAGAAGGAAGCUGAAGCUUUUCUACACUGGGGCCUGGUGUGCUUAUGUACCAUGAUAAAUCUUGGUUGGAAUGCUCAUUGAGAAUCGUGCCAGGAGCCAGGAAACACACACCACCAACAAGGACCAUCUGAGUAAACACCAUCGAGAAAAAACUGCUUCAUGGAGUAAACUGUAAGAGUGACUGAGCAGAAAGACAUCCCUUUACUGGAUAUCCUCAAGCACAAAAUUUACUCAUACCUUUAAAUACGAUUGUUGAAGAUCAGAACUGUAUAGAAAUCUCAUCAUUCCUGACCAUGAUUAGUGUUACCUGGAGCAUCUUCCUAGUUUGGACUAAAAUAGGGCUGUUACUUGACAUGGCACCUUAUUCUGUUAGUGCCAAACCAUGCCCUUCAGUAUGUCGCUGUGAUAUGGGUUUCAUAUAUUGUAAUGAUCGCGAUUUGACGUCUAUUCCUACAGGAAUCCCAGAGGAUGCAACUACCCUCUUCCUUCAGAACAAUCAAAUAAAUAAUGCUGGGAUUCCUUCAGAACUGAAGAACUUGCUUAGGGUGGAAAGAAUAUAUUUAUACCGCAACAGCCUAGAUGAAUUCCCCACUAACCUCCCUAAGUACAUUAAGGAACUGCAUUUGCAGGAGAACAAUAUAAGGACCAUUACUUAUGAUUCACUUUCAAAAAUUCCUUAUCUGGAAGAACUGCAUUUGGAUGAUAAUUCUGUUUCCGCUGUUAGCAUUGAGGAUGGAGCUUUCCGGGACAACAUCUAUCUCAGACUUCUUUUUCUUUCCCGAAAUCACCUUAGCACCAUUCCCUGGGGUUUGCCUAAAACCAUAGAAGAGCUACGCUUGGAUGAUAAUCGUAUUUCCACAAUUUCUGAGCUGUCCCUUCAAGACCUUACAAAUCUAAAACGCCUUGUUUUAGAUGGAAAUCUUCUAAAUAAUCAUGGAUUAGGAGACAAAGUCUUCAUGAAUCUAGUCAAUCUUACAGAAUUGUCAUUGGUUCGCAAUUCACUCACAGCUGCACCGGUGAAUUUGCCGGGAACAAACCUAAGAAAGCUUUAUCUCCAAGAAAACCACAUCAACCGUGUGCCACCCAACGCUUUCUCUUACUUACGGCAAUUGUAUCGACUAGAUAUGUCCAAUAAUAAUCUCAGCAAUUUACCUCAGGGUGUCUUUGAUGAUCUGGACAACAUCACUCAACUGUUCCUUCGCAACAACCCUUGGCACUGCGGGUGCAAAAUGAAAUGGGUACGUGACUGGUUACAGUCAUUGCCUUUGAAAGUGAACGUACGUGGACUGAUGUGUCAGGCACCAGAAAAAGUACGUGGCAUGGCUAUCAAAGACCUCAGUGCAGACCUGUUUGACUGUAAGGAUGAUAGCGUGAUAAGCACCAUCCAAAUCACUACUGCAGUACCAAACACAUUAUACCCGGCCCAGGGACACUGGCCCAUUUCCGUGACCAAACAACCAGACAUCAAGACUCCCAACCUAAACAAAAACUACAGAACCACAGCAAGCCCGGUACGCAAAAUCAUUACAAUAUUUGUGAAAUCCGUAAGCACAGAGACUAUUCACAUCUCCUGGAAAGUUGCACUACCAAUGACUGCUUUGAGACUCAGCUGGCUCAAGAUGGGUCACAGCCCUGCCUUUGGAUCUAUAACUGAAACAAUAGUUACAGGUGACAGAAACGACUAUUUGCUCACAGCUCUUGAACCAGAGUCACCAUACCGUGUGUGCAUGGUUCCCAUGGAAACCAGCAACAUCUAUCUCUCCGAUGAAACACCCGAAUGCAUUGAGACCGAGACGGCGCCUCUUAAGAUGUACAACCCUACCACCACCCUCAAUCGGGAGCAGGAGAAAGAACCUUACAAAAACUCCAGCUUGCCCCUGGCCGCCAUCAUCGGCGGUGCGGUGGCGCUGGUGGCCAUAGGGCUGCUGGCCCUGGUCUGCUGGUACAUCCACAGAAACGGGUCCCUGUUCUCCCGGAACUGCACCUACAGCAAGGGACGCCGGAGAAAAGAUGACUAUGCCGAAGCGGGAACCAAGAAAGAUAACUCCAUCCUGGAAAUCAGGGAGACUUCUUUCCAGAUGAUACCAAUAACCAGUGACCAAGUGUCCAAGGAGGAGUUUGUAAUACACACCAUUUUCCCACCUAACGGCAUGAAUCUGUACAAGAACAGCCACAGUGAAAGCAGUAGUAACAGGAGCUACAGAGACAGUGGUAUUCCAGAUUCAGAUCAUUCACACUCAUGAUACUGAGGGACAUGAAAGACUGGUUUGGGUUUUGUUGGGUUUUCUGGGUUUGUUUUGUUUUUUAAAGAAAACAAGAAAAGACUGACUUAACAGUUGCUGUUCUACUGCAAAACACUGGAUUAAAAGACUGACAAAGCAAUGUACUGUACAUUUGCCAUAUAAUUUAUAUUUAAGAACUUUUUAUUAAAAGUUUCAAAUUUCAGGCUACUGCUGCGAUUAAUGUAGUGGGGAUACCUGACCACAAUUCUAUAUUUUAGUAUUUUUUAGUAAUUUGUACUGUAUUUUCCUUGCUAAUAUUGAAGUUACAGACCAUUUAACUUUUGUGUUCUACUGAGUAAGAUGACUUGUUGACUGUGAAAGUGAAUUUUCUUGCCGUGUUGAGCAGUCAGAACAUUCAUCUGAGAUCCUUGUAAGUGUAAGCACAGACCAUUUUUCACUUUGGUAUCAAUAAAAUAAUGUUGAACCUGGCAAAUCAGGAAGAUCAAAAAGUGGUUACAAAAGCUCACAGAACUUCCAGUGUUGGGUCUAUUAAAUCUGUAAACCACAACAAUAUUCAAUAAACAAAAAUAUGUGUAGUAAUGGGCAAUAUCAGCUGUCUGGAUAUAUCCAUUCAACAGUGGUGAAAUCCAGUUUAAAUGAGAAUAAGCAAAUUGAUGACAUGCAUGAAACUGCAGCUUUUGGCAAGUGUUAAAAAAAAUCUAAUCCCUAGAGGAAAACAUAAUCAAAUUCCUAACAAGGAAUUAAAAAAAAAAAAAAAAAGGAAAGAAAAAGUGGUAAGCUCUUCAAACCAAGAGGGUAGAUACAGUUUAGGAAUAGAUUUUUGGUUAUCAAAAUCAGUGGUCUGUAUAUUACAGAGAAAAUAGUGAUGGAUGCUCACAGGCAUUUGGGAGACAAGGGCAGGAAGACAGAGACAACACUUAGAAACUGCUUGGAAAAGAAAAAGGGCUGAAAGUGCAGUUUCACAAGAAAAGAGAGCAGGACAAAACCCAAGGCAAUAAAAGCAAGGUCUCAAAAACUGUGGUCCCAAAGGUGAGCAGACAAAUGGGGAAUGCAUUCUGAAGCAUAUACGAGUCUGUGUUCAGUAUACUGCUGUUACAGUCAGGAAUACUGCCCAUUACUGUCACGGUUAUCCAGAAAUUCCUUGGUAAAUCUGUAAGGUAACAUGUUUCUUUCUGCCUUCCUGCUGAACUAUGAGCUAUUUCAUGUUUAAACACCAAGCCACUCUUUGUUGCAAUAAUCAUUCUGUUUCUUCAACUAAAAACCAAAGUGCUUUGUACGCCCUUUGGCCAGUCUUGUGUGUGCCUUGAUCCAACGCUACAUGUAUCAAGCUUUUAAAAACUAAGAAAAAAGGAAAUAAUAAAAUACCCACUUUUUCAUACAUAACUUAACUAUGAAAAAUACUGGUCUUAUUCAUGAAUGAAGUUGAAAAACUACUUCAAAAUGAUGUUGCACCUCUGCAGUGCACUGAUAAGAAACCCACUCAGAAGCUACUACUUUUCUGGUCAUGAGCUUCACCUCUCUGUUCAGGUUAACAGUAUUACACUUGCAGGUUUUCUUCAUUAUUAACUACUUGGAAAAAAAGUUUUCACAGCAGUGAACAGUGUGAACAAUGAAAGGGAGGGAAGGUAUGGAGUUAAAGCCCUCUGAAAUACAGUUUUUAAAAGAAACAGCAAAUGAGAAAUAUUUAAUAUUUCAGACUAUCUCAGACAAGAAGGAAAGUACACCAAAUGCAGCUCAGUUCUAUGAGGAUUUUAGUAGUGCUUGGCCUGUUUCCCUAAGAGUAGUAAAGAAUGAGAGAUGAAAAGAAGGAAGAGUGACCAACACUGAUGGUUUCAGCAAGCAGCCUGCAAAUCAAUCUCCUACCAGGGAUCCAUCUAGGUGUGCAGAUCCAGAAUUUCUAGUAAUACACAUUUUUUCAUCCUCAUUUUCCAGAUGUGCCCAGGCUAGUUCCUCUCCAAACUCCCUGUACCAUGGAAUUGUUGACAUGUCACUUUCAAAAAUGUCUCCUGCAGUUUCCUGAGCAGUGGAGGCGCAGCACUGUGCUUCCUUACUGACCUUAUACAAACCAUGUCUCCUGUGCAUGGAGCAUUGAAUGGAUCCAUGGAAAGGGGAGUGAGUGUAACACUAAACAGUGAUGUGCUCAGCUCAGUGGAAUGCACCAAACAAGACUGUUUUGCUCUGGUGUCCAUCUGUGUCCAUUGGCACCAUCAGGUGCCAAUCUAGGGAAGGGCAAGAAAGCCAAGACUGAGCAUGUGGAGCCUUAUUAUGUUGAUGUGCAAAAAGCUUCCCAAGCAGUGAGCGGAAAAGGAAAACGACACAGAGGGACUGGGUGGACCUGUUCUUGGUCUGCACUCUCACAGGGCAUCCCUGAUAUCUGAGCUCACUUAGUGACUGGGUCACUGGCCAGAGAGCCUAGUUCUUUGCCAGCAGCUCUCCAGUAACAAAAUUAAACAGGUUUUGCUGGAUUUUCAAGCUAUUUAAAAACCUCUCUCCCAGUUGGCUCCAAAUUUAUAUUGUGAAAAAGGUAAAAAACAACACUCCAUGAGUACUUUGCCUUCUGAGGUAUCUAAGCUAGAAGUGCCUGGUAAUGGUAUGUACCAACUCCAGUCAUGCCACGAAAGGUCAUAAGGGUAUAAAAAAAAUUGACAUUUGAAGAGAUAAUUGUAUGACAGUCUUCAGAAAUGUGACUUUUCAUGUGACAUUGUUGUCUGUGAGGCAGUAGGGUACAAAUCCAAAGCAACUUCAGUAAAUCAACCCAGCUGUUCGUACUUCACUUUCUACCAGCAAGAGUAAAAACCUGGACAGGGCUCUGUCUUCCUCAGGAAACCAGGUCAGGCUUGCAGGAGAGCUGGUGUCCUCUUACCACAUGUGAUGACAAUGCAGAAAUGGCACACUGGAGUGUACAAGACCUUCCUCGGGUUCUACAGCAAAUUUAACUCCACACAUGUAAUGUUAAAAUUAAUUUGGCAAGUGAAAGACUGCUUUCAAACUAAACUGUGCUUUUUCCUUUGGCUGUUCAUACAAAUUUCUAUUCCUCUCCAUGUCAGGACCAUCUCUUCAAGACUGCUGCUUAUCCUAGUGCUGCAGUUGCUGCAUGCAAUGCUCCCCAGCACCAUCAUAAAUCCCUUCUGUUAGACAGGUAUAUGCGCAGGCAAAGCGGAUUACUACAGUAGGCAGUUUAUUCAACACGUUUAUCAAAAUAACUAAUCCACAUUAAAUUUAUCUCAGUUUUCAAAGUCCAUGUUAUUUCUGUGUACUGUUCAAUAUUAAUUGUGGAGCAAGGCAUGGGAUUUUUUUCAAUGUUGCCUGAACCUAUGUGUAGAGUUCACUUGAUCAGUACUCUCCAUAUUCAAAUAGUAUGCUAAGUAUCUUUUACAUUCUUUAUAUUGUCCCCUAUUUUAAUUUAUAUUGCUGUCCUGAAUUGCCCACAGUUUUGUUUUAACCUGAAAACCGUCCCCAUAAAUACCCUGGUACUUUGGAAACUGGAUUAAUUUUGUCUCAUCUUGGCACCUUCAAGAACUAAGUCCAGAAGUUGGACUCAAUGAUCCUGAUGAGUCCUUUGAACUCAGUAUAUUCUAUGAUUCUGUGAGAAACUUGCUUCAUUUAUAAGCUGUUAUUUCCUAGCUUUCUACCAGAGCCUGAUGUGCAGCAACUGUUGGAGUUUUUUGAUUGUUUUUUUGAUUCUGGCUUUAACAGUACCAAAUUCAAAGUAUUAUGGUCUUGGAACACAGUUUCCAUCUCUCCUGCUAAUGCACUAGUGAGCAUGCAAGCUAUCUUGUGCCAAUGCUGUACAUAUUGAAUGUAGAGCAGCAAAUGCAAUAAAGCAAGAGCAAAAGUAAUAAAGGCUUAUUUGCUAUUAAAAUAAUUUACUGAUGACAUAAUGCACUAAAGAAUAUAUAUAGACUUCCCUGCUAAGAGGAUGAAAUUUUGCACAUUCACCUGCAGCUAAAGUUGGAUAAGAUCUUCACAAGUGAGCUGGCAGAUGUCAUCUCUCUGGAUAUUUCCAUGUUUGUUUGAGAUAGUUUUGGGCAGAACCAUAAUUCAAACAGGCACCCUCCACUUUCAAAACACCUUAACCUUACUUCCAAAUCCAUAUAUUGUGUCAGCAUCACCUUGGGUCUGAUCUUUGUUUAAUUAACUGUUUCUUUACUGAUACCAGAACAGCCAGAGCUUCAAGCCAUGGUCCAGCACUUAACUAUGAGUGAUUUUUUUUUUCAAAGCAUGAAGUUACUUCAUACCUGAGGAAUUUUCAUCUUCCAAGCUAGCCCAGAGUGGUUCCAUCAGAGAGAACAAGCUCACUGACUGAAUUCACACAUCAGAAUUUUACGUUUUUUCUUUGCAAGUGAAUUUAAUUUUGGGGUGAGGGAUAAGAGUCCCACCCUUGUGAUGAAAUUAGAGCUUUUUCAAGAACUCUGAAGGUACAACCAUGACACAGGUAUUAAAUUCUGGACGCAAUUGUUAUAAAAGUUUUUACUUUUAGUAAACAUGAAUGUUUGAUUUAGUAGUUAUUUCAUCAAAUCAUUUCCUGCUCCUCUCAAAAAACCAAGAUAAAAGCAGAACAUGGAUCUCAGUUUCUAAAAAGGUGGCAAAGCAGAUGCUCAAAACAAGCAUCACCUUGUGUUCUCAGCACAGGACAUCAAGUAAGAUACUCACAGCAUGGCAGUCUUUAAGUGAUACCUGAGGAACAUUUCUCCCCUGGGGGGAAACCAAAACACUUCAAAGGGGUGUUAAAUAAACAUUCUCUGGAUUUUUGAUGGUCAAAGGCAAAGGCAUACAACACACAUUUUGGCAACCACGCAAAUGUCCGUCGUGCAUGGACAUCAUAAACGCCCUAUGCCUGAAACCUGCAGAUGAGGACUGCAGAUGUGAAUUUCCCACCUUCAA